AUGACCCCGCCGUCGCAGGACGCGACGGACAUCUUCUCGCUGUCGGACCAUGCCCUCGCAGACCGCCUGCAGUUCAUCAAGGAGAUAGGCUUUGGAAACUGGGGAAGCGUCUGGCUAUGCAGCCCGAAGAACGGGGAUGAGAAGCACGUCAAGCUCGCCGUUAAGCUCGUGCACCGGUCAAAGACAACAACGACCGCCGCACGAGUCCGUUCACUAUGGAACGAGAUGAAGAUUGUGCGCACCCUCAAGAAGGACGCACACCCGUCCAUUGUCCCAUUCCACUCGUUCAUCAUUACGCCAUCCUACGCCCUCAUCACUAUGGCCUAUCUACCCCAACUAGUCCCGGUCGAAAUCGCAGAACCUCGCGCAAAGGAAUGGAUGCACUCUCUGCUCGACGCCGUCGCUUUCCUGCACCGGCGAGGCGUGGUGCACAACGACAUCAAGCCCGCCAAUAUCCUUUUGUCGGAGGAGAGGGUGCCCGUUCUUGUCGACUUUGGCUUUGCGGAGAAGUACGACACGAAGAGCGCACAGGCGUUUCACUCCAACCUCACGUACGGGACACCAGAGUACCUCAGCCCUGAACGUGCUCGUGGCUUGCCCCACGACACGCGCAAGGCAGACGUGUGGGCGCUCGGUGUAACAUUCUUCGAGAUCCUCGUGGGACGCACACCAUUCGAGGCUGCCGAGGGCGAGUCUUUCACGAGCAAGGAGGACCUCGAAAAGUAUUGGCAGCGUACUGUACGCGGCAAGUGGGUCGGCACAUGGAAGAUGAGCAAGGCCGUUGAACGGUUGCUUCGUCGCAUGGUCCAGCCCAAUGCAGACUUGCGCUGCUAUGCGCCUGACGUACUUGCGGAUGCGUACUGGACGCACGAUCGCGAGACAGUAUCUUCGAUGCACAAACGCGCCGUAUCCGCAAAUAUGACCCCCACCCACAGGCGUGCUGGUUCGGCGGGGAUUCUUGACAUCAUCUCGCCGUGGGCUACCAGGCGUCUAUCUAAGAAUCUUGUCCCAUCUAGGAUCCCGACUUCAAAGAUUGCACCCAAGGCGUCUGCUUCCAAGCUGGCUCCAAAGGACAAAGCCGCUACCACCUCCAAGGCUGGCAGCUUGCGCCCCAAGCCCAGUCUCACGCGCAAAGAGUCAAAUAUUUCCGCGAAGCUCGUUCGCAAGGAGAGUAUCGCCUCGGGUCUCGUUCGCAAGGACUCACUUCCGAAAGUGGAAGACGUGGAGGUCGGGGAGAUUCGAGAGUCUCCUCGGCCCAAAAGCGCCCUUGCUACUCUCAACGGCCAUGGGCGCUCUCAAAGCCAAGUCGUCUCUUCGCGUACUGCCGCUCUUCAAGCGUCCACCAUCAAUAGCAAGCGUCUUGCACCGAUUCCAGGCUCCCCGGCGUCUGCCCGCCGCCAGGCGAAGGAGAACCGCAAUAAGGAGAACACCUCGUCGCCUGGCAUGCGUCGGAAGCCCAUUCCCUCGGCCCUCUCCCCCGUAACCAAGACCGUCGUGUCCCCUCCGUCCAAGCCGUCGGGCUUGAAACCCUUGGGAAUCAAUAAGCCUGCGACCGCUUCGAAGGUCGCCCCACCGCCGGGCUUGCCACCCGCUGGUCAUCGCCGCACAGGCGCACUGACCGAUGUCACCGCUCGCACUCGCAACCGCGCCCAUCUUGCACCCACAGAUGCCGAUACAGGCGCUGUAGACAUUAGCGCUGCGAACACAAGCGCCACAGGCAACGCUUCAGGCUUUUCCGAUGAGGGCAAGUCGGUCGGCAGUGUCCGUGACAGGAUGCGCGAGUGGGAGCGGGUUCGUGAGGCUAUGCGGGCUCAAGCAACCGAUGCCGUUCCCUCUCCGGGAUUACGCGCAGCAACACCCAUUUCCGACCGCGCAGCGUCGCCCAUUCUGGUCGCGACCCAUGCGGACUCGGAAAACGAAGAGGAGCGCCCAGCUAUGUCAGAUCGUCGUAGCUCUGGCUUUGGCGAGGAAUGGAACGGCGCUUCGUCCAGGACCAGCUCGGGUGAUUACAAGUUGCAAUUACCGAGGCCUGCUAUGCACGCUUUCCGUCCAACCCACGCACGAUCGCGCACGCCCGAGCCCAGCAUGCCUGCCUCGCCGCUGUCGCCUGACAUGAACUUCGACUUGUUCCAAGACUCGGUUCCUCGGGCCAGCCAUGACCAAUCAAUGGGCGAGUCUGGUCUCAACGUGCUCAGGCAGAGCUUCAAGGCGAGCAUCGACCGCUCCUUCAACUUGUACAAAGCCUCCCUCAACCUUGGUCUUGGCUUCUCUCGCCGCCCCAGUACCUCUGCCUCUGAGCGCGUACCGGACUUGAGUCUUGCUGAGCUCGGUCCCCGUGCCGACGCAUCCUUCGAUCAGGACAGCAACGAAAACGCGGAUACCUCGCUUCCCGUUGUGCGCCAAGCGCGCCGCAACGACCGCGCUGGUGCCGAUGCGCGCGCGGAUAGGAUGACCAUCUGGCUACAGAACGUCGAGAAAGUUGUCGAUGAGGCUCGCCAGAAUUUCGCCGCAAGCGGCAGUAGCUCAGCACUCCCGCCCCUACCGCUUGCACCGGCACGCUCUAGCUCGCGCAACCGCGAGGCUGGCGCGUCGAGCUCCUUCCGUGCCAGCAACCGCAUGCCUCGCAAGAUCCUUGCAGCUAGCGAGAUCUUUGAUGCGUCGUACAUGAGUGCUGCGCCCAGCCCAACUACCUCGACUGGUUUCGGGCAGACAGCCAACUCAACGACGUUGUUGGCUUCGACGAGCUCUCGCGUACCCGGUCCCAAUGAGACAAUUCCGACCAUCCCGUCAGAGUCGUUCCUUGAGAGCCCGCGUCGUGCUCGCCGCGCAACUGUGUUGGGUCUGUCCCCGGAGAAGUCGCGCAACAUUGACACCGCCGACCUUAGCGCCAUUGAGGACAGCCCGCACAAGAAGAGCCGCAGCCAGAACGACCUUCACCUCCAACGAGCUAUCCAGCCACGCGCAAAGUUGUCGCUCGAGCUUGAUCGCUUGACAACGGAAGUAGAAGUUGGCCCGCCCUCGUCUCGCAGGCUCUCUGCCUAUGUCGAUCGCGACGUGUUCAUGAGCUCGACGUCGUCUACUCCCGGGCCUACCACGCUGAACUUCGAUGACCCGCCUCAAACACCCUUGCUCGACGCACCGCAUACUCCGACCACGCGCCUCAGCCUCACGCCGCCUGUUGCGAACAGUCUCAACUCCAGUCCAUUUGAGGUCAAGCCGUAUCCGGUCCGCACCGUCGCAGCGCCCGCUAUCGAUUCUCCGACUGCUCGUCGGGUCGAGGGUGUCUAUGACCGCUUCCUCAUGGCAACAUCCGGUGUUCGCCGUCACGGUCGUGGCUAUGAAGCAUCGCGCGGUGAUGGCCCUGUCGAACACAAGGGCAAUGCCCCGGUCGAGCACCUGGUCAGCAACACUGUCUCAUCUCCCGCCGGCCCUUCGCGCCCUCCGCUUCGCCUUUUCCACACUGCGCGUCGCGCGAUGCCGCCGCCGGUCAGCUCCUCAGAUGUGUUCACGCGCCGCAGCGAGGAUGUACUGCGCGCUCGUGCUGGGCGCGAUAAGGAGAACCGGGCUGUGAAGACGAAUGGCAACAAGAGCGUCGAUGAGCUCGGUGUCAUGCACGCCAGCCAGCGCGAUAGCGUGCUCUCGCCUGGCGGCAAGACUUCGAACACCGCCGUCAGGACAGUACGCGAUGCCUUCAAGGCCAUCGUACGCCGGCCCUCGUCCCGCCUCGUUGCCUAG